AUGCUGCCGCUCAGUCUUCUCAACGCCGCCCAAGGGCACCCCAUGCUCGUGGAGCUCAAGAACGGCGAGACCCUGAACGGACAUCUCGUCCAGUGCGAUACGUGGAUGAACCUCACUCUGCGGGAGGUUGUGCAAACUAGUCCUGGAGGCGACAAAUUCGUACGAUUAAAAGAAGCUUAUGUCAAGGGAAAUAAUAUCAAAUACCUCCGCGUCGACGACGACAUCAUCAACCAAGUCACCGAGUCCCAAAAGGGCCAACAGGGGAAUUUCAGAGGCGGACGAGGUGGCCACGGCCAAUCGAGAGGAGACCAUGGUCACGGCGGUCGUGGAGGUGGUGAUAGAGGGCGAGGUGGACGGGGCGGUGGACGGGGUGGAAGGGGAAGAGGUCGUGGGCAAUGA